AGUUUGAUUUUAUCGGUUGUCAGAGUAAAGCUAGAUAAACAAGUAAAAAAAGGAAAGUGCAAUGACGGUUCAGUCUUAUAAACGUUAAUUUAUCGAGUAACUGUUAGAGCGGCGACAACUCAAUAGCUAGAGUGCGUGUUAGCUCGUUAACGAUAACCUGAAAAUUAACUUUUUUCCGUUACAGAGCAGCAAGAGGGAGCUAAAAUGGAAAGCAGCCUGUCCAGACUUCUAGUUGGACUCUCUGUACAGAUCAGCCGCAGUGAUGGCCGAGUUCAUCUGGCAACGGUGAAAUCUGUCGAUACCGUCAAGUCCACGGUGAUGGUAGAGUGGCAUGAGAGGAACAUCUGCCGAGGGAAAGAGGUUGAAGUGAGCGAGUUAUGUUCACUCAAUCCAGAGCUUUUGGACCACAUAAACGCUGUCACAAACAAAGCUGCUGAACAACCUACUCCUGCUCCAGAGAAGAAGUAUGGGAGUCGUCUGCGCUCAUCCAGGAUUCCUGCACCACCCACCUCCUCUGCUCCAGCAGUCACCAAGGCUGAAGAGUCAGGUCGGCAAGCCGCCACUCGCUCUCAGGCCAGGCAGACAUGUAUGUUCCAGGCUCCCGCCCCUGUUCCAGCACCAGUUCUGACUUCUGAGACAAGUCCAGAGACAAUCCACCCUGAUCUCCCCCCUUCAUCAGUUCUCACAAACUCUGCGAUUCCUAAUCAGCAGCGUAGAAAGAAUGAGGCCAAACCGGCAAUGACGCUGCCUUUUGCCCGUGAGGCCAUAAAGGAAAAUGAUGAACCUGAAAGAAUCCCUCCGCCUGCUGUUAAAGGUAGAAGAAAAUCUGUGGCUCCCCAGGAGUUCAAUAAAGGCAACAAAAGGCUGUCUUGUGUUAUUAAACCCCCCGACAUGCAGACCAAGAGGGGAAAGUAUGGAGAACCUUCACGACCAAACCAGAAGUUCUAUGAUAUGAUCCAAGAGUUCAGAGAGACCUUGGAAAUAACCCCUUUAUCAACUACUGACAUGAUUGAAUCUCAGAGGAUUUGUGUGUGUGUUCGCAAACGACCCCUUAACAAGCAAGAGAGUACUAAGAAGGAGAUAGAUGUGGUCUCCGUACCAGGGAAAGGUGCUCUGCUGGUCCAUGAGCCAAAACAAAAAGUGGACCUCACAAAGUACUUGGACAACCAAAUCUUCCAGUUUGACUACUCCUUUGAUGAGACAGCCACCAACGACUUGGUCUACAAGUUCACCGCUAAACCUUUGGUACAGUCCAUUUUUGAAGGCAGCAUGGCAACAUGUUUUGCCUACGGCCAGACAGGAAGCGGGAAGACUCAUACUAUGGGAGGUGAUUUCACAGGGAAGCAGCAGAACAGCGCAAAAGGAAUCUACGCUUUGGCAGCCCAGGAUGUUUUCGCCAAUAUCAAUCACAGAAGAUAUGCUAGCCUGGAUCUUUCUGCCUUCGUCAGCUUCUUUGAGAUUUACAAUGGCAAAGUGUAUGACCUGCUGAACAAGAAGGCCAAGCUACGUGUUCUGGAGGACGACCGACAGCAGGUUCACGUGGUAGGCCUGGAGGAGGUCUAUGUGUCCAAAGCAGAGGAUGUCAUAAAGAUGAUACAGAUGGGCAGUGCAUGCAGAACAUCAGGCCAGACCUCAGCCAAUGCCAACUCAUCCCGCUCUCAUGCCAUCCUCCAGAUUGUCCUAAGACGCAACAGCACACUGCACGGCAAAUUUUCACUGGUCGAUUUGGCUGGCAAUGAGCGUGGCACAGACGUCAAAAGCAAUGACCGCAGCACUUUGGUUGAAACUGCCGAGAUAAACCAAAGCCUUCUGGCUUUAAAGGAGUGUAUUCGUUCACUGGGAAAGAACAGCGAUUACAUCCCCUUCAGGAUGAGCACUCUGACCAAGGUCCUCAGAGAUUCCUUCAUUGGAGAGAAAUCCAAGACCUGCAUGAUUGCAAUGGUGUCUCCAAGCAUGGCUUCAUGUGAAUAUACAAUGAACACACUACGUUAUGCUGACAGAGUGAAGGAAUUGAAUGGCAAUUCCAAAUCCGGUGGAGUAGCCAAGUCACAAGAGCCUGUAGAUACAUCUUCAGAGGAGGAGUCUGUUGUGGAUACCAGCGUGUAUGAUGCCAUAUCCCAGGUGGCAGAGCUGGAGGAGAAGGUUUACACGGAGCUUCAGAGGGCAAAUGAGCUUGUCAAGGCAAUGGAGCAAACCUCGUACAACAUCGAGGCAGGACUCCCGGACCUGGUGGAUCAUUCCCGGAAGUUAUUGGACACAGUCCUGGCUUUGCAGUCUGCUGUGGAUCAGGAGAGAAUGGCGAGGCUGAACCACUGAGACAAACCCACCCAGACGAACAGUUUGUUUAUUGAAAACUUUGUUUUGAGGCAGUUCUUUUGAUCUUAUUGUGUAUUACAAUACGUUGUGUUAAAUAAAAUGAAUUAAAACACUAA